GAUACUGCACUCGCCUUGCACAUUUAUUCUAUUACUGAACACGGUUAUAUCAAGCUUGUCAUAAAAUGUCGGUAGUAACAACGGUGUUGUUGAUUCUUUCUACAGCUUUUAUUACUUUCUUCUUCAUUAAAUGGGUCUUGCAAAGUAAAGGGAAAAGGUAUCCAAAAGGACCCAUGGGGCUUCCGAUUGUUGGACAUUUACCGUUUUUUGGACGUCAUCCACCAUCAACAUUCAUGAAAUGGUGGGAAUCGUAUGGGAAUGUAUUUUCGAUUAGGUUAGGGAGCUGGAAUACGGUUGUCGUAAAUGGCUACAAAGCGGUCAAGGCCGCGGCCGAACAUCCAAACGACGCCUUUAGUGGAAGGCCAAAAUUCAUUUCAUCGGAGGUUUUAGCCGAACGUAUCCAUGAGGAUGUGUUUGCGUUUGGUAAUUUCUCGCCAGUUUAUCUAAAACAAAGAAAUCUAGCGUCCAAAGCUCUGCGUUUGUUUACGUCUAAAAGAAAAGACGUUAUUGAAGAACUGGUUACAAACGAAGCUGUCGCAUUUGCGGACUCUCUGGUCAGAAAGUUCAGCACAAGCCCAGGUCAUAUAGAACUCGAAGUUCAGAUUCUAGUGGUACGGAUAAUUUACCAAUUUCUAUACGGGCGAGGGGAACAGGUUGAUUUUGACAGACACGUUAAAAUAAUCUAUAGAGAGGUCGAAGAAUUUAAUAAAUUCACCGGAAGUGGAAGUGCUUUAGAUGUAUUGCCCUGGCUACGAUAUAUCAUCCCCUGGAAAGUCGACGCGCUUCGAAAACUUACUGCCAAGGGAGAUGCUAUCAUGUGGGAACAAGUACAGAAGCACUAUGAAACGUUUUCUGCAGACCACAUUAGAGACGUGGCAGAUGCUAUCAUAACAAGUGAUGCAGAGGACGAAGAAAAUAAAGACAGAUAUGUGUUGACAAGGGCAAGGUUAAAUCUAACGUUGGCUGAUCUACAAGGAGCCGGGGCGGACACAACGAGCAAAACAAUGUUAUGGUUGAUACUCUACAUGACCAAAUACCCACAGAUUCAAGAGCGCGUGUUUGCAGAGAUAAAUACCGUCAUUGGAAAAAGUAGGAAUGUUGAGCUGAAGGACAAGCCUAACCUUGUAUACACGAAUGCUGUUAUUCUUGAAGUUAUGCGAAUUGUUACCCAGGUACCAUUUUCGCUUCCGCAUUUUUCGAUGACAGAUGCAAAAAUAGAGGGACUUGAUGUUGAUAAAGACACAGUCGUUCUUUUCAAUUUGUAUUCGAUACACCACGAGAAAGAGUUCUGGGGAGAUCCGGAAUAUUUCCGUCCGGAACGGUUUAUACUCGAUGACAAUAGCUUUAUCCGAUUUAAAAACAAUCACGUUCUUGCUUUCGGUCUCGGAAGACGCCGUUGUGUUGGGGAAUCCUCGCAAAAAUGA